AUGUGCCAGCUCGACUUCUUGGCGUCGCCUGGGGUUGGGAGGGCAGAUGCGACCGUAUACGGGCUUGCCGUUAUCCGGUGUGGGAAUCAUGUGCAAGACAUUCGGGACUACACGAUCGUUCGGCACGAAGGCAUUCCGGUGUUCAUGUACAAUAUGGCGGACUUGCGAUGGUACCGCGCUGAAAUCGAGGUCGGCGGGCUUGUCCGGAUCCUUGACGGGCUGGAUAUUGAUGGCCCCAAGGGACACCGCUCCUUUCCGCAACGCCCGGCGCGCUUGGUUCGAUGGGAAACGGGGGUUCGCAAACGACCACUUAUCCCAAUCCAGCUUGACACGAGCAUUAAGUUUCAGGGUUCUGCUUCAUGGGAUAAGGCGACUCGUGGUCCCAUGGUAACGAAUGCCGUUAUCGCUGAGGAUGUACGACGUACAGCCGGUAUCGAGGAGAAUAGUGGCCGGGCGGCUCGCGAUCGUGCCGUGUACGGUCAAACGGGCAUCGGUGACGAGCGGGCCUUCGGAAUGCCGGCGGGCAUGAACGCAGAGUUGUGCGUUACGACGGUAGUUGCUAUGUUGCGUAGUGGGCGAGAGACCUUGGGCCAAAGCAAUGCUCUGUCCAGUACGGUGUGGUGGAAUGCAAGGGGAUGUGGGAGUUGGCUACGGCGGGAGUUGGCGAAGGGCAACGGAUUGGUGGAACGAGGAGGAGAAACUUGCGGGGACGGUCCUGGGGUGGUAGGGCUAUGGUUAUUCUACGUUGUUGGUGAUGCUACCUUGUGA